AUGAAUCGAUUAAAGAUCAAUAAGUUUAGAUUGUGGAAAUACUGGAAUUGGAUUUUGUAAGAUUAGAAAGAUGGAAGGAAAAUUUAAAGAAUGUUGAUCAAUUCGAUUAUAGUGAAUAUUUAAAAUUAAAAUUAAUACAAGAAUUUCUAAGAAUUUUUUUUGAGAAUGUAAUAAUAAUAAAUAAAAAUAGAAAGAAUGAAAUUUUUGUUUGAACGGUAUUUUUAUAAAUUUGUUCAUUCGUUCCCAAUAGUUUGCAACAUUUCGAUGAUUUCGUCAAUUGCAACAUCAUUGAGUUUUUGAACUUUAAUCUUUUUGCUUUUAAUUUCAAUAGCGUUUUCGUAGGGUGUGUUACCCCAUCGAUCUCUUUCGCUAAAGUU